AUGUCACCCGAGCGAGCGACAAUCUCCUGUAAGAGCCGACCGAGCGCAUUUUGUCGAGGACAUGUAGGAAAUGGCCGGUCUAUGUUAAGUUUCAACACGGAGCAGCGUGACUUGUCUGUCACAUUAAUAGACCCUCACGCAGACCAGACUGGCCAAAUCCCGCACUUUCUGAUUUUAUCUAGUCUCGCCGUAGAUGACAGGUACACGGUGGACGCGGAAGAUGCCAAACAAUGGUCGCGUCAAGCAAACCAUUCUAGAAACUCCCUAAACGCUUCAAGCAACCGCAUUCCUGCGACCCAGAAUGUAGAACUUCAAGAUGCUUCACCGAAUCAGAAUAUCGAGGUUUCUUAUCAGGCGCCCAGGACACAUCACAUCCGCACCCUUUCACCGAUGACAAGCAUCUCACCACAGCUGAAAAAUCCAGUCGCUGCGUCAACCAAGGCACACCCGGAGGACAUGAUCCCUCCCCAGCGGCACCACCGACUCAUAUACCCCCAUCUGACCCCUUCAUGCAACGUUUCAAGAAUUCCUGACAGACGAAUCAUCCAGCAGAAACUUCUUCGUGGAGAGAACGAAGGCGCGACAACGCGACCUUGCAUUUGCAUCACUACGAGUGAUGGAAGUUUGAGCGAUGACGAAACCUUUGUUCAGAUCUGCUUACCAGACAUAGAUUCUUACUCUUCCUGUGCACCGAGACGCCCCGAUCAUGCAAUGAAGGCGAUCUUGACGGAGGAAGCAGAAGGGUGGGGUGCCCAUUAUGGAAUAUCCUGGAUGCCAUUUGCCACGAGCUCGAGCUUGGUCUACCUCAUUCGAGACGAUGGGAAUCUUGACGUGUGCAGGAAGAUUCAUGCAAGAGCAAGGACAUUCGCAUCUAAUUCCAUUCCUCUGCGAAGUUUGCCGUUACCGAUGUAUCCUGGGACCCUGCCUGGUUGUGACGAUGUCAAUCCCGGUGGGAAGCCAAAUGCCACUGGCCAGAAGACUUUGGCUGGUUCAUGGACUACCUCGAUGAUGUUUCGGGCAGCAGGUGAUGACGUCCUUUUGCUACUGGGUAGCAUGGGAGUGAGCAACAUCAUGCCUCACCAUUUUUGUCUCUCUGAAAUUUUGCGGGAACUCUCAGAUACUGACAAGGACCUGUGCAGUGACAUAGUGACGGCGAGGAAAGCGGCCAUGGUGCAGACAGCAGGCCAGACUCAGAGCAUUCAAGAGAUCAUACUGUCCACUUAUUUUCAUUCGGCCAAGCUCCUUGGCAUAAACACCGGAUUUCGUGCACAGGAGCGAUCACCUUCGCAACAAACUGAAAAAUACAACUUCAAGUCUAAAUCGUCGCCCAAGCAGCUCGUUUGGGAUUCAUUGGACGGGUCACGGUAUCGAUAUCAAAAUUGCGUCGGAGUAGACAUAUUGAUGCGGUUUGCAUGUCCGAUGGCAGUCGAUGAUUCAGAUCCAGACAUCGCCGCACGGAUAAAAUGA